ACCGGGCCUGCGAUGGAUCUCAAUGUCGACCUGGGACCGAUGUCUCGCGACGACCACGCCGGUCGCGUCGUCGCUGGUCUGCGCUCCCUGUACGAGCAGGGCGAGCUCUGCGACGUGGUCCUUGUCGUGGCUGGGGAGUCGUUCCCGGCGCACCGGAGCGCGCUGGCGGCGGUCAGCUCCCAGUUUCACGACGUCCUGACCAAGCUUGGCUCCAGCGAGUGGUACGGCAGCGGCGCCGAGCCGAAGUCCCUCGUCGUGCAGCUCCCCGACAUAUCCCACCCUGAGGCCGUGAAGGCGAUGCUGGACUGCAUAUACUGCCCAGGCACGGACUACGCACCGAGCAGCGAUGCCGCCAAUCGUGACGUGCUCCGCCUGGCGCAGCGUUUCUGCAUCGACCAGCUGCAGGGCCUGGCCUCUCGAUGGUUGGCCACGGGCUUGUCCUCCGCCAACGUGCUCGAUCGCCUUCUGGCCUGCGAGGACUUCGCUCUCGCCAGUGUGCGCGACGGGAUCAUGGCGCAGCUCAUGAACAGCCCAGAGGAGCUGCUGGCGCUGGUCAAGGACCCGCAGAUCACCAAGGUGCCCGCGGUGCUGCAGGACCUCCUGGUUAGGAUCAUGUCCCUGCUCGUAGCGGACGCCAAGGCAGAGGCCCGGGCCGAGGCGAAGCAGCAGAGCGCCCCGCAGCGGGCGGGCCCCGGGCGGUCCGGGAGGAGGGCGGGGGCCUGA